UAGCUUAUUAUUUUAUUAAUUAUGCCUCAAUUACGUUUGCCAAAACCAAGAGCUAUCAUCUUUGAUAUUACGGGAACUGCUAGUAAUACGACAUUCGUUAAUAGAUUUUUGGUCCAUUAUCUUCGGAUUAGCGUUAAAAGUUUUAUCGGUAUCAAUUGGGGCCAUGUCCAAAUAAAUCGCGAUAUAAACAUGCUACGAAAAGCUGCCAAAAGUAAUCCAAGCUGGCCACAGAUUCCUGAGACUGAUUCAUUGGAAUUAAUUCAACAAGCAGUGAGCGAUUUGAUUAAUUUUCUCAUUGAUAAUAAUCUUGAUUGUUUGGCCUUCGCGCAAUUAAGAUUUCAUGUUUGGUUUGAUGGCUAUGAUAAAGGUCUUUUAAAGACUCCCAUUUAUUCUGAUGUUGCUAUUCAGAUGAAAAAAUGGCGAUGUGAUUAUAAUAUACCAUUGUAUGUUUAUAGCCAGGGUUGGGCCGAAGCAAAUCGUGUAUUCAUGUCCCGUACAAACAAUGGUGAUAUGUCAUUAUUGAUUGAUGAUUAUUUUGAUACAUCAAUCGGUAUGCCAACGGAUCCGGCAACAUUUAGAAAAAUUUUAGAACAAAUUCAUCAAUCACCAAGUGAUGUUGUCUAUUUGACAAAAUCUUCAGCAGCAGCCAAAUGUGCAAAAAAUGUUGGCAUUUUUUCCGUACUAGUACUCACUCAUAAAAAAAUGCAAGAUAUGAUUAGUGAAGAUGAGAAAAAAGAAUUGAUCAUCAUUCGUACUAUGAAUGAAAUUGAAUUUGAAUCAAUCUUGCAACAGCAACAAAAACAAUAA